AUACGGUAAUUUAACCGCUUCAGAUUGUGAUCCAUACUGUUUUGUGCUACAACUUGUUCUUUGAUAUUCUCAGAAGAAAUCAAAAGAAUCAAUCUUUUUAAUUUUGUUUUUUGGAUGGAAAGCGUUUGUAAAUAUGACCAUUUAUCUAAAUUCCGCAGGCAUCUCGGGUAUUCGACUCAGACGUGACGCUCAUCUCCUUUAUCUUCUAUACUAUGUUUGGUAAUUGUAUAAUAUUUCAGUGUUAGUACAUGUAGUUUUAUUUUUGUUGAUUUGGUUAUACUUCUAGGGCUUUACCUUUAGUAAUUCAAUUUUAGUUAGUUUCCUUACUAGAAGAGAAAGUCUGGAAUCGCUUGUUAGCGACAAGACCGCAAGUUUCAUCCCUAAUAACUUAUUACUUGUUUUUAUUUGUAAUGUAACGAAGUUUAAAUAAAUAACAGACCGUAAUCACCGAAUCAAGGCUGGUAAAACCGCGGCACAGUUCGCGAUAGUACCUAUAGUUCAAUCAAAACAUAAUGAAUAAUUAUCUUUAUUAAUCUGACUGAUAGAAGUGAUAAAAAAGAUAAAGUUUAGUUAGGCCCAGAUUUAUGAAGUGCAACGGACGAUCGUUCUAAAAAGUUGCAAAAUGGUAUUACCAUUGCCAUGCGUAAAAAAAUACGAUGAAAAUGAAAGUAAUUCAAAACAAAUCGACAGAGAAAUCAAACAAUGGAUUAAAUCGUAUAACGAUGCUAUCAAAUUAUUACUCCUGGGAACUGGUGAGAGUGGAAAAACAACUAUAAUCAAACAAAUGAAAAUUCUUCAUAUACAGGGAUUUAAUGCUGGAGAGCGAAUGGAAAAAAUUCAGCAUAUACGCCACAAUAUUCACGAAUCAAUAUACGAGAUAGUUCAUAAUAUGUCACCAUUAAGUAUACCACUCCGAGAUCCGAGGAAUAUUCAGUCCCAACAGUACAUAUUGCAGAUUGGAUUAGCGGGACCUGCGGAUUACACAGAGGAAUAUUUCGACCACGUUAGAUCAUUAUGGCGAGACGCAGGAGUCAGGGAGUGCUUCAAACGAGCCAAUGAAUAUCAACUCAUAGACAGCGCUGAAUACUUCCUUGACAGAAUAGAUUUGAUUGCUAAGAGCGAUUAUCUUCCAUCCGACGCAGACAUCCUACGCUGCCGACAGAAGACUACUGGUAUACAGAAGAUUGAGUUUAAAGUUAAAGUACCAAAAUCAAUGCAUGGUGGCGUCCAAGAUUUCUGGAUGUUCGAUGUUGGCGGUCAAAGAGGUGAACGAAAGAAAUGGAUCCAGGUAUUCGAAGGUAUACAUGCAAUCUGGUUCCUGGUCGCUUGCAGUGAUUUUGAUCAGAAUUUGCGGGAGGACAAUACACAGAAUCGAUUGACUGAGUCGCUUGUUUUGUUCCAAGAUGUCUGGCAGAGUAGAUUCCUCCUGGAAGCAGGAUUAAUAGUGUUCCUGAACAAGCAAGAUCUUCUAGAGAACAAAGUAUCUCGGGGUAACACAAUCGCUCAUUACUUUCCGCAGUAUGACAACUUUGAAGCCCCUGGAAAUGAAUAUAAUAGGACUAAACUAUUUAUUAAGAGCCUUUUCAUGGACUUAACAAAGAAGCGAGAGAGAAGAAACAUAACAGCAUCAGCUGAACGCUUCGUAGUAAGUGAAGCAAGCCGUACACGCGAAUGCUAUUUCCACUUCACAACAGCAACGGACACUGACAACGUACGAACGGUCUUCCGAGACGUGCAUCAGAUGAUACUUACACAUAUACUUAAUAAUAUUGGUGUCUAUUAAUAAAUGUAAGAAAAACUUA